AAUAAUUAACCAUGGCAGACAUCGCGACUUCUGAAAUCCAGGUCUAUGACCUCCCCACCAAGACCGUCAAUUUGACGCCUACGGGAGCGACCGUAGUCCGGGAGAUCACCACCAAGGUCCAGCCCGGCCUGAACGAAAUUACUGUUCUGGGUCUCGACCCUAAGGUUGAUGUUGACUCCAUCCGUAUCGAAGGCUCCGGCCCGGCAACCAUCACGGACACCCAGACCGAGAUAGUCCCUCGACGGCUGCUCUUUGAGGAUGUCCACGGAGAGGAAGAGUCGGACGACGAUGAUUCUAGUGACAGUGAAGACCCUAAGUUGAAAGCACUUCGGGAUGAGCGGACCAGUGCCGAGGAGAGGCUCGACAAGGCUCGCAACGACGAGAACAUGGCGGUGCGGGUCCUAAGUCUCAUGGACUCUUACGGCAACAGAAUGCAGCCUCAGCACACGGAGAGCAGCAAGUUGGAGGAGUUCCUCGAGCAAUACGUCGAACGGUAUGCAACGGAGAGUGAAAGGCACCGCAAGGCGAAGGCGCAAAUGUCGAAGGAAGAGAAGGAGAUCGAGUCACUCUCGGUCAAAAUACUGAAGGUUGAACUACAACUUCAGCGACGUCGCGAAAAAAGCCUACGCGAGCGUGAGCAGGGAAAGUCGCAGGAAAUGCGCAAGAGAGACGAGCAACGACGUUUCUGGACGUAUUCUGUGGGACAGGUCGUCGUGCACCUUGACAGCCAGUCAUCGUUCACGCCCGGAUCGAGCCGACGCAGUUCUUUCUCUGUUGUCGAGCAAGCGGCCGACAGUCCAGCGGAUUCCAGCGGGAGAGAAGUUACCUUGCGUCUGAGCUACGUCGUCCCUGAUGCGAAGUGGUUCUCCCGCUAUGAGAUGAGCAUCAACACCCCUUCGUCGACCGCUCAAGUCACAUACGGUGCAGAGUUCCAGAACCGAAGCUCUGAGACCUGGAAUGAUACCAAGGUCAUACUGUCGACAUCGCAGACCGCAUUCUCGGGGCUCCACGAGAGCAUUCCCUCUUUGCAGGUCUGGCACAUCAAGUUGAUCAAUCAGGAUGACAGCAACGGGCAGCCUUCGUGGGAAAAGAUCGUUCGCAGCUUGUCCGAGGGAGGACGACCAGUUGUCGACCGCCGCACUGCCAAACAGGAUUAUGAGAUGCAGCUACUGAUGCUGGAACAACAGAACAAACGCAGACUCCUAGUGGCACGCCAGGAGCAGAAUGCGCUGGCACAAAAUGCACCACAAGCACCUCCGCAGCCCGCAGAACCGUCAUCCCUCUCUAGACCAGCCUCGCAUAUGGAUGUCCCACAGCAACCGCAGGUUGGAGGCCUCUUUGGAACACGACGGGAACCGGGAACAAGUCUUUUUGGAUCGGCAGCAUCGCGACCCUUUGGGGGAAAUAUGUCGAGCCCUUUUGCCUCGAAUGGCACGGGGUCUCUCUUUGGAGGAGCAGUACCGCAGGCGGCACCGGCAAGCUCUUUUACAAACCAGAUGGUGCAGCAGGCCGCACCCAUGACAGCAUACGCACCUAUAGCAGCCCAACAACCAGCGGCCAAUGCCUACGAGGAUAACGACGACGAUGACAACGAAAACAACGAAGACAACGACGACGACGAAAUUCUCCAGCCCCCCGACCUAGAAUACCAAGACUCAACCCGCCAGGAAUACGGCCUAACAACAACCUACGACCUCCCCGGCCGCCGCACCCUAACCCCCUCCAGCGUCAACCGGCGCCACGCGCUCGCCAAACUCGACCUCAAAUCCAUACUUCUCCAACACGUCAUCGUCCCCAAGCAUCGCGCCGCCGCCUUCUUCCGCGCCCGCAUCCACAACACCUCCUCCAUCCAGAUCCUCCGCGGCAAGGUGGGCAUGACCGUGGACAAUGCCUUCCUCGGAACAACAACCAUGCCCAACUGCGGGCCAAACGACUUCUUCGAUAUCUCCCUGGGCGUGGACCCGUCGAUCCUAGUCACCUACGCAAAGCCCACCGUGCGCCGCGAGACUAGCGGAUCUUUCUUCGGCAAGGAAGACAUGGCGAUAUUCUCGCGCAGCUGCUGGGUGAAAAAUACCAAGGCCACCGCUGCCAACAUCGUUGUGCUCGACCAGGUCCCCAUGAGCAGCGACGAGAAGCUGCAUAUGGCGAUUUUGGAGCCCAAGGGACUUGUCAAGGAGGAUGAUAAGGUUCCCAUGGUGGUGGAGAAAAGCAAGGGUAAUGGAGAGGUGUUUUUGGGCAAGGAUGGGGGGGUCAAGUGGGUUAUGCGGUUGGAACCCGGGAAGGAUGUGAGGUUUGUGCUGGAGUAUGAGAUGAAGGCGCCGAGGGGGAACGAUGUUAGUGCGUCGUGAGUCGUGAAUGGUGAUGAUUCUCUGAUUCUGUGAGCGGCUUGCUACUUUCAGGAGGAUCAGUUACGAUGUGA